UCACUUUAACUGCUCCAUUGACAUCCAAUGCUAUGAGUAGUGGGUUCACAACACAGGAAGAAUCAACUGCAUUAGGAACAACUGUAGGGUUUACAACUGGUGUUACUUCAACUGCAGCUUCUACACCAGUUAUCAUUACAAGUGGAAUUACAACACCUGUAGAAUCUACUGAGUCAGGAACCACUGAAGAAUUUACCUCUGAUGUCACUUCAACUGCUCCUUUGACAUCAGAAAUUGCCACUAGUAGGCUCGUAACACAGGAAGAAUCAACUGAAUCAAUAACAACGGAAAGGUUCACAACAGAUGUCACUUCAACUGCAGCUUCUACGCCAGUUAUCACUACCAGUGGAAUUACAACACCUGUAGAAUUCACUGAGUCAGGAACAACUGAAGGAUUUACCUCUGAUGUCACUUCAACUGCUCCUUUGACAUCAGACAUUGCCACUAGUGGGCUCAUAACACAGGAAGAAUCAACUGAAUCAAUAACAACAGAAGUGUUCACCUCUGUAGUAACUUCAUCUGCUACUUUGACAUCAGAUGUUGUGACCAGUGAGUUCACAACUCUUAGAGAGUCAACUGAAUCAGGAACAACUGAAAGAUUUACCUCUGAUAUCACUUCAACUGCUCCUUUGACAUCUGAUGUUAUUACCAGCGGAUUCACAACACAGGAAGAGUCAACUAAAUCAAUAACAACAGAAAGGUUCACCUCUGAUAUCACUUCAACUGCAGCUUCUACACCAGUUAUCACUACCAGUGGAAUUACAACACCUGUAGAAUCCACUGAAUCAGGGACAACUGAAAGGCUUACCUCUGAUGUCACUUCAACUGCUCCUUUGACAUCUGAUGUUAUGACCAGUGGGUUCACAACAGAGGAAGAAUCAACUAAAUCAAUAACAACAGAAAGGUUCACCUCUGAUGUCACUUCAACUGCAGCUUCUACACCAGCAAUCACUACCAGUGGAAUAACAAUACCUUUAGAAUCCACUGAAUCAAGGACAACUGAGAGGUUUACCUCUGAUGUCACUUCAAUUGCUCCUUUUACAUCAGAUGUUGCGACCAGUGGAUUCACAACACAGGAAGAAUCAACUGCAUUAGGAACAACUGUAGGGUUUACAACUGGUGUUACUUCAACUGCAGCUUCUACACCAGUUAUCAUUACAAGUGGAAUUACAACACCUGUAGAAUCUACUGAGUCAGGAACCACUGAAGAAUUUACCUCUGAUGUCACUUCAACUGCUCCUUUGACAUCAGAAAUUGCCACUAGUAGGCUCGUAACACAGGAAGAAUCAACUGAAUCAAUAACAACGGAAAGGUUCACAACAGAUGUCACUUCAACUGCAGCUUCUACGCCAGUGACCAGUGAGUUCACAACUCUUAGAGAGUCAACUGAAUCAGGAACAACUGAAAGAUUUACCUCUGAUAUCACUUCAACUGCUCCUUUGACAUCUGAUGUUAUUACCAGCGGAUUCACAACACAGGAAGAGUCAACUAAAUCAAUAACAUCAGAAAGGUUCACCUCUGAUGUCACUUCAACUGCAGCUUCUACACCAGCAAUCACUACCAGUGGAAUAACAAUACCUUUAGAAUCCACUGAAUCAAGGACAACUGAGAGGUUUACCUCUGAUGUCACUUCAACUGCUCCUUUUACAUCAGAUGUUGCGACCAGUGGAUUCACAACUUUUGAAGAAUCAACUGAAUUAGGAACAACUGUAGGGUUUACAACUGGUGUUACUUCAACUGCAGCUUCUACACCAGUUAUCACUACCAGUGGAAUUACAACACCUGUAGAAUUCACUGAGUCAGGAACAACUGAAGGAUUUACCUCUGAUGUCACUUCAACUGCUCCUUUGACAUCAGACAUUGCCACUAGUGGGCUCAUAACACAGGAAGAAUCAACUGAAUCAAUAACAACAGAAGUGUUCACCUCUGUAGUAACUUCAUCUGCUACUUUGACAUCAGAUGUUGUGACCAGUGAGUUCACAACUCUUAGAGAGUCAACUGAAUCAGGAACAACUGAAAGAUUUACCUCUGAUAUCACUUCAACUGCUCCUUUGACAUCUGAUGUUAUUACCAGCGGAUUCACAACACAGGAAGAGUCAACUAAAUCAAUAACAACAGAAAGGUUCACCUCUGACAUCACUUCAACUGCAGCUUCUACACCAGUUAUCACUACCAGUGGAAUUACAACACUUGUAGAAUCCACUGAAUCAGGGACAACUGAAAGGCUUACCUCUGAUGUCACUUCAACUGCUCCUUUGACAUCUGAUGUUAUGACCAGUGGGUUCACAACAGAGGAAGAAUCAACUAAAUCAAUAACAACAGAAAGGUUCACCUCUGAUGUCACUUCAACUGCAGCUUCUACACCAGCAAUCACUACCAGUGGAAUAACAAUACCUUUAGAAUCCACUGAAUCAAGGACAACUGAGAGGUUUACCUCUGAUGUCACUUCAACUGCUCCUUUUACAUCAGAUGUUGCGACCAGUGGAUUCACAACUUUUGAAGAAUCAACUGAAUUAGGAACAACUGUAGGGUUUACAACUGGUGUUACUUCAACUGCAGCUUCUACACCAGUUAUCACUACCAGUGGAAUUACAACACCUGUAGAAUCCACUGAAUCAGGGACAACUGAAAGGUUUACCUCUGAUGUCACUUCAACUGCUCCUUUCACAUCAGAUGUUGCGACCAGUGGAUUGACAACUUUUGAAGAAUCAACUGAAUUAGGAACAACUGUAGGGUUUACAACUGGUGUUACUUCAACUGCAGCUUCUACACCAGUUAUCACUACCAGUGGAAUUACAACACCUGUAGAAUCCACUGAAUCAGGGACAACUGAAAGGCUUACCUCUGAUGUCACUUUAACUGCUCCAUUGACAUCCAAUGCUAUGAGUAGUGGGUUCACAACACAGGAAGAAUCAACUGCAUUAGGAACAACUGUAGGGUUUACAACUGGUGUUACUUCAACUGCAGCUUCUACACCAGUUAUCAUUACAAGUGGAAUUACAACACCUGUAGAAUCCACUGAGUCAGGAACAACUGAAGGAUUUACCUCUGAUGUCACUUCAACUGCUCCUUUGACAUCAGACAUUGCCACUAGUGGGCUCAUAACACAGGAAGAAUCAACUGAAUCAAUAACAACAGAAGUGUUCACCUCUGUAGUAACUUCAUCUGCUACUUUGACAUCAGAUGUUGUGACCAGUGAGUUCACAACUCUUAGAGAGUCAACUGAAUCAGGAACAACUGAAAGAUUUACCUCUGAUAUCACUUCAACUGCUCCUUUGACAUCUGAUGUUAUUACCAGCGGAUUCACAACACAGGAAGAGUCAACUAAAUCAAUAACAACAGAAAGGUUCACCUCUGAUGUCACUUCAACUGCAGCUUCUACACCAGUUAUCACUACCAGUGGAAUUACAACACCUGUAGAAUCCACUGAAUCAGGGACAACUGAAAGGUUUACCUCUGAUGUCACUUCAACUGCUCCUUUGACAUCAGACAUUGCCACUAGUGGGCUCAUAACACAGGAAGAAUCAACUGAAUCAAUAACAACAGAAGUGUUCACCUCUGUAGUAACUUCAUCUGCUACUUUGACAUCAGAUGUUGUGACCAGUGAGUUCACAACUCUUAGAGAGUCAACUGAAUCAGGAACAACUGAAAGAUUUACCUCUGAUAUCACUUCAACUGCUCCUUUGACAUCUGAUGUUAUUACCAGCGGAUUCACAACACAGGAAGAGUCAACUAAAUCAAUAACAACAGAAAGGUUCACCUCUGAUAUCACUUCAACUGCAGCUUCUACACCAGUUAUCACUACCAGUGGAAUUACAACACUUGUAGAAUCCACUGAAUCAGGGACAACUGAAAGGCUUACCUCUGAUGUCACUUCAACUGCUCCUUUGACAUCUGAUGUUAUGACCAGUGGGUUCACAACAGAGGAAGAAUCAACUAAAUCAAUAACAACAGAAAGGUUCACCUCUGAUGUCACUUCAACUGCAGCUUCUACACCAGCAAUCACUACCAGUGGAAUAACAAUACCUUUAGAAUCCACUGAAUCAAGGACAACUGAGAGGUUUACCUCUGAUGUCACUUCAACUGCUCCUUUUACAUCAGAUGUUGCGACCAGUGGAUUCACAACACAGGAAGAGUCAACUAAAUCAAUAACAACAGAAAGGUUCACCUCUGAUGUCACUUCAACUGCAGCUUCUACACCAGCAAUCACUACCAGUGGAAUAACAAUACCUUUAGAAUCCACUGAAUCAAGGACAACUGAGAGGUUUACCUCUGAUGUCACUUCAACUGCUCCUUUUACAUCAGAUGUUGCGACCAGUGGAUUCACAACUUUUGAAGAAUCAACUGAAUUAGGAACAACUGUAGGGUUUACAACUGGUGUUACUUCAACUGCAGCUUCUACGCCAGUUAUCACUACCAGUGGAAUUACAACACCUGUAGAAUUCACUGAGUCAGGAACAACUGAAGGAUUUACCUCUGAUGUCACUUCAACUGCUCCUUUGACAUCAGACAUUGCCACUAGUGGGCUCAUAACACAGGAAGAAUCAACUGAAUCAAUAACAACAGAAGUGUUCACCUCUGUAGUAACUUCAUCUGCUACUUUGACAUCAGAUGUUGUGACCAGUGAGUUCACAACUCUUAGAGAGUCAACUGAAUCAGGAACAACUGAAAGAUUUACCUCUGAUAUCACUUCAACUGCUCCUUUGACAUCUGAUGUUAUUACCAGCGGAUUCACAACACAGGAAGAGUCAACUAAAUCAAUAACAACAGAAAGGUUCACCUCUGAUAUCACUUCAACUGCAGCUUCUACACCAGUUAUCACUACCAGUGGAAUUACAACACUUGUAGAAUCCACUGAAUCAGGGACAACUGAAAGGCUUACCUCUGAUGUCACUUCAACUGCUCCUUUGACAUCUGAUGUUAUGACCAGUGGGUUCACAACAGAGGAAGAAUCAACUAAAUCAAUAACAACAGAAAGGCUUACCUCUGAUGUCACUUCAACUGCUCCUUUGACAUCAGACAUUGCCACUAGUGGGCUCAUAACACAGGAAGAAUCAACUGAAUCAAUAACAACGGAAAGGUUCACAACAGAUGUCACUUCAACUGCAGCUUCUACGCCAGUUAUCACUACCAGUGGAAUUACAACACCUGUAGAAUUCACUGAGUCAGGAACAACUGAAGGAUUUACCUCUGAUGUCACUUCAACUGCUCCUUUGACAUCAGACAUUGCCACUAGUGGGCUCAUAACACAGGAAGAAUCAACUGAAUCAAUAACAACAGAAGUGUUCACCUCUGUAGUAACUUCAUCUGCUACUUUGACAUCAGAUGUUGUGACCAGUGAGUUCACAACUCUUAGAGAGUCAACUGAAUCAGGAACAACUGAAAGAUUUACCUCUGAUAUCACUUCAACUGCUCCUUUGACAUCUGAUGUUAUUACCAGCGGAUUCACAACACAGGAAGAGUCAACUAAAUCAAUAACAACAGAAAGGUUCACCUCUGAUAUCACUUCAACUGCAGCUUCUACACCAGUUAUCACUACCAGUGGAAUUACAACACCUGUAGAAUCCACUGAAUCAGGGACAACUGAAAGGCUUACCUCUGAUGUCACUUCAACUGCUCCUUUGACAUCUGAUGUUAUGACCAGUGGGUUCACAACAGAGGAAGAAUCAACUAAAUCAAUAACAACAGAAAGGUUCACCUCUGAUGUCACUUCAACUGCAGCUUCUACACCAGCAAUCACUACCAGUGGAAUAACAAUACCUUUAGAAUCCACUGAAUCAAGGACAACUGAGAGGUUUACCUCUGAUGUCACUUCAACUGCUCCUUUUACAUCAGAUGUUGCGACCAGUGGAUUCACAACUUUUGAAGAAUCAACUGAAUUAGGAACAACUGUAGGGUUUACAACUGGUGUUACUUCAACUGCAGCUUCUACACCAGUUAUCACUACCAGUGGAAUUACAACACCUGUAGAAUCCACUGAAUCAGGGACAACUGAAAGGUUUACCUCUGAUGUCACUUCAACUGCUCCUUUUACAUCAGAUGUUGCGACCAGUGGAUUGACAACUUUUGAAGAAUCAACUGAAUUAGGAACAACUGUAGGGUUUACAACUGGUGUUAUUUCAACUGCAGCUUCUACACCAGUUAUCACUACCAGUGGAAUUACAACACCUGUAGAAUCUACUGAGUCAGGAACCACUGAAGGAUUUACCUCUGAUGUCACUUCAACUGCUCCUUUGACAUCAGACAUUGCCACUAGUGGGCUCAUAACACAGGAAGAAUCAACUGAAUCAAUAACAACGGAAAGAUUCACCUCUGAUGUCACUUCAACUGCAGCUUCUACGCCAGUUAUCACUACCAGUGGAAUUACAACACCUGUAGAAUUCACUGAGUCAGGAACAACUGAAGGAUUUACCUCUGAUGUCACCUCAACUGUUCCUUUGACAUCAGAAGUUGCCACCAAUGGGCUUGUAACACAGGAAGAAUCAACUGAAUCAGUAACAACAGAAAUGUUCACCUCUGAAGUAACUUCAUCUGCUACUUUGACAUCAGAUGUUGUGACCAGUGAGUUCACAACUCUUAGAGAGUCAACUGAAUCAGGAACAACUGAAAGAUUCACCUCUGAUGUCACUUCAACUGCAGCUUCUACACCAGUUAUCACUACCAGUGGAAUUACAACACCUGUAGAAUCCACUGAAUCAGGGACAACUGAAAGGUUUACCUCUGAUGUCACUUCAACUGCUCCUUUGACAUCUGAUGUUAUGACCAGUGGGUUCACAACACAGGAAGAAUCAACUAAAUCAAUAACAACAGAAAGGUUCACCUCUGAUAUCACUUCAACUGCAGCUUCUACACCAGUUAUCACUACCAGUGGAAUUACAACACCUGUAGAAUCCACUGAAUCAGGAACAACUGAAAGAUUUACCUCUGAUAUCACUUCAACUGCUCCUUUGACAUCUGAUGUUAUUACCAGCGGAUUCACAACACAGGAAGAGUCAACUAAAUCAAUAACAACAGAAAGGUUCACCUCUGAUGUCACUUCAACUGCAGCUUCUACACCAGUUAUCACUACCAGUGGAAUUACAACACCUGUAGAAUCCACUGAAUCAGGGACAACUGAAAGGUUUACCUCUGAUGUCACUUCAACUGCUCCUUUCACAUCAGAUGUUGCGACUAGUGGAUUGACAACUUUUGAAGAAUCAACUGAAUUAGGAACAACUGUAGGGUUUACAACUGGUGUUACUUCAACUGUAACUUCUACACCAGUUAUCACUACCAGUGGAAUUACAACACCUGUAGAAUCCACUGAAUCAGGGACAACUGAAAGGUUUACCUCUGAUGUCAUUUCAACUGCUCCAUUGACAUCUAAUGUUAUGACUAAUGGGUUCACAACACAAGAAGAAUCAACUGAAUUAGGAAAAACUGUAGGGUUUACAACUGGUGUUACUUCAACUGCAGCUUCUACGCCAGUUAUCACUACCAGUGGAAUUACAACACCUGUAGAAUCUACUGAGUCUGGAACAACUGAGAGGUUUACCUCUGAUGUCACUUCAACUGCUCCUUUUACAUCAGACAUUGCCACUAGUGGGCUCAUAACACAGGAAGAAUCAACUGAAUCAAUAACAACGGAAAGAUUCACCUCUGAUGUCACUUCAACUGCAGCUUCUAUGCCAGUUAUCACUACCAGUGGAAUUACAAUACCUGUCGAAUCCACUGAGUCAGGAACAACUGAAGGAUUUACCUCUGAUGUCACCUCAACUGUUCCUUUGACAUCAGAAAUUGCCACCAAUGGGCUUGUAACACAGGAAGAAUCAACUGAAUCAGUAACAACAGAAAUGUUCACCUCUGUAGUAACUUCAUCUGAAGAAUCAACUGAAUCAGUAACAACAGAAAUGAUCACCGCUGUAGUAACUUCAUCUGCUACUUUGACAUCAGAUGUUGUGACCAGUGAGUUCACAACUUUUAGAGAGUCAACUGAAUCAGGGACAACUGAAAGGCUUACCUCUGAUGUCACUUCAACUGCUCCUUUGACAUCUGAUGUUAUGACCAGUGGGUUCACAACAGAGGAAGAAUCAACUAAAUCAAUAACAACAGAAAGGUUCACCUCUGAUGUCACUUCAACUGCAGCUUCUACACCAGCAAUCACUACCAAGGGAAUAACAAUUCCUUUAGAAUCCACUGAAUCAAGGACAACUGAGAGGUUUACGUCUGAUGUCACUUCAACUGCUCCUUUCACAUCAGAUGUUGCGACUAGUGGAUUCACAACUUUUGAAGAAUCAACUGAAUUAGGAACAACUGUAGGGUUUACAACUGGUGUUACUUCAGAUGCUCCUUUCACAUCAGAUGUUGCGACUAGUGGACUCACAACUUUUGAAGAAUUCACUGAAUUAGGAACAACUGUAGGGUUUACAACUGGUGUUACUUCAACUGCAAUGACAACUGAAAGGUUUACCUCUGAUGUCACUUCAACUGCUCCUUUUACAUCAGAUGUUGCGACCAGUGGAUUGACAACUUUUGAAGAAUCAACUGAAUUAGGAACAACUGUAGGGUUUACAACUGGUGUUACUUCAACUGCAGCUUCUACACCAGUUAUCACUACCAGUGGAAUUACAACACCUGUAGAAUCCACUGAAUCAGGGACAACUGAAAGGUUUACCUCUGAUGUCACUUCAACUGCUCCAUUGACAUCUAAUGUUAUGACUAAUGGGUUCACAACACAGGAAGAAUCAACUGAAUUAGGAAAAACUGUAGGGUUUACAACUGGUGUUACUUCAACUGCAGCUUCUACACCAGCAAUCACUACCAGUGGAAUAACAAUACCUUUAGAAUCCACUGAAUCAAGGACAACUGAGAGGUUUACCUCUGAUGUCACUUCAACUACACCUUUGACAUCAGACAUUGCCACUAGUGGGCUCAUAACACAGGAAGAAUCAACUGAAUCAAUAACAACGGAAAGAUUCACCUCUGAUGUCACUUCAACUGCAGCUUCUACGCCAGUUAUCACUACCAGUGGAAUUACAACACCUGUCGAAUCCACUGAGUCAGGAACAACUGAAGGAUUUACCUCUGAUGUCACCUCAACUGUUCCUUUGACAUCAGAAGUUGCCACCAAUGGGCUUGUAACACAGGAAGAAUCAACUGAAUCAGUAACAACUGAAAGAUUUACCUCUGAUAUCACUUCAACUGCUCCUUUGACAUCUGAUGUUAUUACCAGUGGAUUCACAACACAGGAAGAGUCAACUAAAUCAAUAACAACAGAAAGGCUUACCUCUGAUGUCACUUCAACUGCUCCUUUGACAUCUGAUGUUAUGACCAGUGGGUUCACAACAGAGGAAGAAUCAACUAAAUCAUUAACAACAGAAAGGUUCACCUCUGAUGUCACUUCAACUGCAGCUUCUACACCAGCAAUCACUACCAGUGGAAUAACAAUACCUUUAGAAUCCACUGAAUCAAGGACAACUGAGAGGUUUACCUCUGAUGUCACUUCAACUGCUCCUUUUACAUCAGAUGUUGCGACCAGUGGAUUCACAACUUUUGAAGAAUCAACUGAAUUAGGAACGACUGUAGGGUUUAGAACUGACGUUACUUCAACUGCAGCUUCUACACCAGUUAUCACUACCAGUGGAAUUACAACACCUGUAGAAUCCACAGAAUCAGGGACAACUGAAAGGUUUACCUCUGAUGUCACUUCAACUGCUCCUUUGACAUCAGACAUUGCCACUAGUGGGCUCAUAACACAGGAAGAAUCAACUGAAUCAAUAACAACGGAAAGAUUCACCUCUGAUGUCACUUCAACUGCAGCUUCUACGCCAGUUAUCACUACCAGUGGAAUUACAACACCUGUCGAAUCCACUGAGUCAGGAACAACUGAAGGAUUUACCUCUGAUGUCACCUCAACUGUUCCUUUUACAUCAGAAGUUGCCACCAAUGGGCUUGUAACACAGGAAGAAUCAACUGAAUCAGUAACAACAGAAAUGUUCACCUCUGAAUCAACUGAAUCCCAAACCACUGCAGGGUUUACAGCUGAAGUCUCAUCAACCCAGGCAACUAAAGGAUUUACCACUCAGAUAACGGCAACUGCUCCUGUGUCCUCCGAUACUUCAACAGAUGCUUUGUCUACAGAGUCAGAGUCAACCGAAUCCCAAACUACUGCAGGGUUUACAGCUGAAGUCUCAUCAACCCAGGCAACCACAGGAAUCACCACGCAGGUAACAUCAAGGGCUCCUGUGUCAUCAGAUACUUCAACAAGGGCUUUGUCUACAGAGUCAGAAUCAACUGAAUCCCAAACCACUGUAGGGUUUACAGCUGAAGUCUCAUCAACCCAGGCAACCACAGGAUUUACCACUCAGAUAACAGCAACUGCUCCUGUGUCCUCCGAUACUUCAACAGAUGCUUUGUCUACAGAGUCAGAAUCAACUGAAUCCCAAACCACUGUAGGGUUUACAGCUGAAGUCUCAUCAACCCAGGCAACCACAGGAUUUACCACUCAGAUAACGGCAAGUGACGAUGUGUCCUCUGAUACUUCAACAGAUGCUUUGUCUACAGAGUCAGAGUCAACCAAAUCCCAAACUACUGCAGGGUUUACAGCUGAAGUCUCAUCAACCCAGGCAACCACAGGAUUUACCACUCAGAUAACGGCAACUGCCGCUGUGUCCUCUGAUACUUCAACAGAUGCUUCGUCUACAGAGUCAGAGUCAACCAAAUUCCAAACUACUGCAGGGUUUACAGCUGAAGUCUCAUCAACCCAGGCAACCACAGGAUUUACCACGCAGGUAACAUCAAGGGCUCCUGUGUCAUCAGAUACUUCAACAAGGGCUUUGUCUACAGAGUCAGAAUCAACUGAAUCCCAAACCACUGUAGGGUUUACAGCUGAAGUCUCAUCAACCCAGGCAACCACAGGAUUUACCACUCAGAUAACGGCAACUGCCGCUGUGUCCUCUGAUACGUCAACAGAUGCUUUGUCUACAGAGUCAGAGUCAACAGUCCCCCAGACCACUGCCGGGCUAACAGCUGAAGUCUCAUCAACCCAAUCAACUACAGGGUUUACCUCUAAGGUAACAUCAGCUAUUCCUGUGUCAUCAGUUGCUUUAACUGAUGCUUUGUCUACAAAAUCAGAAUCAACAGAAUUCCAAAGUACCGCUGGAUUCACACCAGAUUUUACUUUUGGAUUAGUUACUACUGAUAAAUCAAUAUCAGAGCAAAUGUCGACUGGUAGUCUGACAUCAGACCUUAUAACAGGCACCAAAAGUACAGGAUCCGAAACAACAGAACCUCAAACUACAAUUGAAUUGUUAUCAACUGUUUCUCAAACUAAAAGUGUGUCAGAUACACCUCUAAGUACAGGAAAAGGAACCUCAAGAGAUGUAACUUCUGUAGAAUCAACAUCAGAGGUUCCAACCUCUGUAACGCUUUCAACAAGAAGUCAGACUACCGAAGACUUUACCAUAGGGGAUACAUCAGGGCUCCCUGUUACCACAGAUUUUACAAGCGUUAGCUCUUAUACUGGAGCAGGAAAAACAGAAUCCCAAACUACUAAACAAUUCCCAACGGACGAGAAUGAAACUACCAAAAGACAAACCACCCUAUUUAUGUCUAGCACUCAAUCAACAAUGGAAUCAAGUACUGACAAUAAGUUUUCAACACAUCAGGGUUCCACUGUGAAGGCUUUCACUUUUGAAGGGUCCACCUUAAGUCUAACGUCCACUGAGCAGCGCACAACUCAAACACAAACUACAACCCCAUCAGCUAUGCUGUCCACAGAGUUUAGUACAGAAGAAUUUACUGAUGAAGCAACUACUUUGCAAACAACUGUUGACAGGGCUUCAACAUCACUCUUUUCCACUUCUAAAAUAUCAACUACUACAGACACAAGGAGUACUCAGAAUCAACAAACUAGUAAGAUUACUCCAAUGACUGAAGCUGUUUCAACAGAGGGAGAGACAACCAUAAACCCUACCAGUGACCAGAAGGUCACUACAUUCAUGAUGUUUUCUACUGAUGAACCUGCAUCUCCAACCAAAGGUCAAACAACAAUGACCACAAGAAUUACUGAUCAGACUGUGACCACAAUUUAUCCUAAAGAAACUACAAAACAAUCUCCUUCUGUGGAUUUAACCCCAACCAAGCCCACAACUACACCUGCAGAAACUACAGAUGAAAUUGAAUCAUCAACAGAACUUGCUAGUUCAGCUAAACCCACUACUGUCGUUGCUACUUCUGAAGGUACAAGUGCCCCCAGUCUGACCUCUAUGAGCGCAGUGACUGGUCAAUUAACUUCAGAGGAAACUACCGUCAGUGAUCAAACUAUGACCAUGGAUGUCACAACUGAAUUUUCUAUUACAAGUGUAAUAACUGGCAAUAUUACAGUCCCUACACUGUCAACCCUUCCUACAACAGUAGAUAUCUCAACAGAAGUUUCUACUAAUGAUGUAACAACUGGAACUGUUACAACACCAACUGAUUCAACACUUCUUACAACAAUUGAUGUGACGCCAAAGGUUUCUACUGAAGCUGUAACAACUAGGAAUGUUACAACACCAACUGUUUCAACACUGCCAACAACCAUUGAGGUGACAACAGAGGUUUCUACAGCAGGUGCAACAACUGGAAAUGUUGCAACACCAACUGAUUCAUCACUUCCUACAACAGUUGAUGUGACGAAAAAGGUUUCUACUGAAGCUGUAACAACUGGCAUUGUUACAACACCAACUGUUUCAACACUGCCAACAACAGUUGAUGUGACAACAGAAGUUUCUACAGCAGGUGCAACAACUGGUAAUGUUACAACACCAACUGUUUCAACACUGCCAACAACAGUUGAUAAGACAACAGAGGUUUCUACUAAAUUUACAAAAACUGGAAAUGUUACAGCACAGACUGUUUCAACUCUUUCUACAACUGUAGAUAUCUCAACAGAAGUUUCUACUAAUGAUGUAACAACUGGAACUGUUACAACACUUCCUACAACAAUUGAUGUGACGACAAAGGUUUCUACUGAAGCUGUAACAACUGGGAAUGUUACAACCCCAACUGUUUCAACACUGCCAACAACGUUUGAUGUGACAACAGAGGUUUCUACUAGUAGUGUAACAACCGGAAAAGUUACAACCCCAACUGUUUCAACACUGCCAACAACAGAUGAUGUGACAACCGAGAUUUCUACAGCAGGUGUAACAACUGGGAAUGUUACAAUCCCAACUGUUUCAACACUGCCAACAACCAUUGAUGUGACAACCAAGGUUUCUACAGCAGGUGUAACAACUAGGAAUGUUACAACACCAACUGUUUCAACACUGCCAACAACCAUUGAUGUGACAACAGAGGUUUCUACAGCAGAUGCAACAACUGGAAAUGUUGCAACACCAACUGAUUCAUCACUUCCUACAACAGUUGAUGUGACGAAAAAGGUUUCUACUGAAGCUGUGACAACAGAAGUUUCUACAGCAGGUGCAACAACUGGGAAUGUUACAACACCAACUGCUUCAACACUUCCUACCACAGUGGUAAUGACCACCAUUGAUGUAAGCACUAGGACACCAACAACAAUCUCGGAUACUACCCUGGAUUCUGUGGUCACUACUGAACCUAGGUCUACAUUUUCAGGUGUGACUGCACAUGCCUAUGGUGACCCACACUUUUUGACCUUUGACACAAGGUCAUACAACUUCCAGGGAGAAUGUGAAUAUCUGCUUGCAUCUGACUGCCUUGCUGACUCAUCACGUUUCCGAGUUGUCAUAGACAACAAUAAAUCAACUAACUUUCCUGACUAUGCACAGGUUGUUGGAGUAGACGUGACUGUAGAUGAUAUACUUAUUUCUCUGAUGGGACGCAGUGUAUCAAUUAAUGGUUUAGAUGUUAUUCUCCCUGUACAACCAUCCACUGCAUUUACAGUUAGGAAUACAGGCUCAUCUAUAGUAAUAUCAAGUGAUUUUGGUUUGUCUGUGGAGUGGGGAAUAACAUCAUCUCUGACUCUCAUCCUCAAUUCGACCUUUGCUAACGUGAUGUGCGGAUUAGCUGGUGAUUACAACGGAAAUCCUGAUGAUGAUACACGUACUCUUACUGGUUCUGUGGCUUCCCUGAUGCAGUUCACAACAAGCUAUGUUGAGAACCCAGAGGACUGUCCAGCCUAUGAAGCACCUCCAGAUGACCCUUGUGAUACCCACAAUGCAUCAGUCAUCUCUGCUGCUUCCUCUCUCUGUGAUAUGUUGAUGAAUCUGACAGGGCCCUUUGGUGAGUGCAUCAGACGUGUGAACACCUUGUCUACCUUCUAUCAGAGUUGCCUGUAUGACUUCUGUGCCACCUACCCCAUUGGUGAAGGUAUUUGUGAUGUCUUUACAACCGCUGCUCGGGAAUGCAGGAUACGGGGAUAUGUAGUUGAUGGAUGGCGAUCCUCUGAACUAUGUCCUAUUGAGUGUGGUGCUAACUCCACCUUCAGCUACUGUGGACCCGCCUGUCAACCCUCUUGCUACGACAUACGUACAGUCUCUGGAGACGAUCUCCAUUGUAAUGAUGCUACAUGUCUUGAGGGUUGCUUCUGUGAUCCUGGCUAUGUCCUGGAAGGGAACCAAUGUGUUCCUUCAGAGUCCUGUGGAUGUGUCUCAAAUGGAUUUUAUCAUAUGGUUGGUGAGACCUGGCUAACAACCGGAUGUAUGGAGGAAUGCACCUGUUCUUCUAAUGGUACCACUGUCUGUCAAGCAAUCUCCUGCAGCGAGUACUCAUCUUGUGAGAUCAGGGAUGGGGUCUUGGGAUGCUUCUGUAGGGAAGGGUACCAAGGAGAUGGAAUCAGUUGCCUCUUGCAAUGUCAAGAGGAUUAUUUCCGCUGUCCUGAGGGAACCUGUAUUCCAGAACUCUAUGUUUGUGACGAGUAUCCGGGGGAUUGCCUAAAUAACUAUGAUGACUCAGAAGAACUCUGCUGCAACAUGAGGAAUGUGACUGCUUUCUGUCCAAAGCCAGAUCACUUCCGUUGUCCUGAUGGUGUGUACAUUCCGUUCUCCUAUGUCUGUGAUGAUUGGCCGUAUGAUUGUCUGGAUAAUUAUGACGAAUCACCAGAACUAUGUACAGGUUUAUGUGCCAGCCCUGGGAUCCCAUCUCAGGGCACCAUCUCACCGUUCCAGACGGUUUAUACCAACGGUUCCGUGGUGCAGUAUACUUGUAAUAAUGGCUAUGUUCUGAUAGGGAACACCAGUGAUACAUGCAUUGGUGGUGCCUUCACUUCACCUCUACCACAGUGUUAUGCGAGUUGCAUUUUACCGAGAGAACCAAAUAAUGGUGCCCUCAACGGAACCGCCUUCAAUCACAGUGAUGUCAUUGGUUUCACCUGUAACAUUGGCUAUCAAAUGACUCCAGAGGGAGCCAGUGUGAGAUGUGACAAUGGGACAGUCAAAGGGACUAUUCCCAUAUGCACAGAUAUCAAUGAGUGUUCAAGUGGACCAUGUCAGAACAAUGGUACUUGCUUUAACGAGAUUAAUCAGUAUCGAUGCGAGUGUACUACUGGAUGGAUAGGAACCAACUGCGAACAGGAUAUUGAUGAGUGCAGUAGCUCUGUCCUAAAUAACUGUGGAAUGAAUGCUUCUUGUACUAAUACCAAUGGCAGCUAUAUAUGCAUGUGUGAUGAUGGAUUCAUUGGAGAUGGUAUUACAUGCAUAGAGAUCAUCUUAUUCCCAUAUUCCACAUCAAAUGGAGACAGCCAGCUUUCACUGACCUCUGAGUCUGCCUCUCCUGAUGGAGAAAGGUUCCCAUCUCAAGAACAGAUAUCCUCUACAAUCAGACCACCAACUGGUUUCCCAUUUGGAGAUACAUUCUACUAUAGUCUAUAUUUCAUGGAUAAUGGGCUGAUAAUUUUCAUCAAAGAAAAUGAUGAGAAGUAUGGAUUCCCUAAUCCAUACCCAAAUGGUUUCUCCAAUGACACUCGUCUGCCACUGGUGGCGCCCUUCUGGGCCGAUGCUGAUAUAAAUGAUGGUGAAGGAGAGGUUUUCUAUCAGGUAUAUGAGAGGUCAUAUUCCAAUACUGCCAAUCAGACUGCUGUGCUGGAUGAUGCUAGCUACAGGAUAAGAGCGUUCCAAUCAGACGUAUCAGGGUUCAAUGCUACAUGGAUGCUUGUCGUCACUUGGAGCAAUCUCCCGUCUUUUAUCUCAAGUAAUACGAAUACCUUUCAAGCAGCUCUGGUGACGGACUCCCGUUACAGCUUCGUGCUCUUCAACUACCAAGAGAAUGAUAUGAAUUGGGACCCGGCAACCUUGGCCAGCACCAAUGUCAUCAUGGGAUAUAACUUGGGUAAUGGCCAGUAUGUCAAUAUGCACCUUGAUAAUCCACCAUUUGCUGGGGUCCAGGGGCGCUUCAGACCUGAUCAGUAUGUUGGCAAUACUGGCCAGAAGGGACGUUGGAUCUACCGACUUGAGAACAACACUCUAGAUACCAUCAACCCCAAACAGUUCUGCUUGGACUGGUACAAUUUAGAACCAUCCCCGGAUGAAUGGGAUAGGUACCUCGGAACUUGUCCCUGUUCCUUCACCCAGGGUGGGGAGGAUGGUGCAUACAGUACUGGACGUCGCAGCAGGAGGCCAUUGACCACCAUGUCAUCGUCGCGUGCUUUGGAUCAGGCACUCAUAGAAGAGAUCAAUACUCUAGAUGGUGAGCCAUUUUGUCUUCAGACCAGUAUAUCUCCUCUCGACAAUGGAGCUGGGAUGUUUUGCUGUUAUCGUGGUGAUCAGUCUCUUAUAGAAGGUUACGGAGGAGAUCUAACCAGUAGCUUUGAAGAGCGAUAUCAAUUCAACUCUGGGGGAUCGUUUGACUUUGUUGCAUAUCUCAAUUGGCUAGUGUAUGAUUUCUCACCUCGUCACUACUGUUGUGGAGCAUCUAACGAUGAAGCCUUCUGUGACCUGUACACUGAGAAGCGACCUGCUGGUACAUGUAAUGGAUAUUUACCACCAAAUUCAGGUUGGAUGCUGGGUGAUCCUCAUAUCACCACCCUCGAUGGCUAUAGUUACACCUUUAAUGGCCUAGGGGAAUACACACUAGUCACAAUACCAGAUACCACAGGUACCAACAGUCUGUUCACUCUACAAGGAAGAACAGCGAGGGCGCUAGACACUCAAACCCAAGACUUGACGAACGCUACUUUCUUUGUCGCCUUUGCCGCUCAGGCAGCCAACUCAAGUCUUGUUGAGAUGGAGCUAAAUGAUAUAGGAACAGACUUUGAUGUCUAUGUGGAUGGAAUCCUCUUCAAUAAAUCAUCUUUAUCAGAAGGUCCAUAUGUGAACGGAGGUUUCUCCCUACAGCAGCGUUUGAGUAAUGGAUCAUUACGAGUUGUUGCAUACUGGCAGGUUGGGAUGUCUAUUAAUGUUGGUGUUAUUGAGGGUAUACUUGAUAUUGUAUUCUCGGCUCCAGAAAGCUUCAAGACCGGCAUUACUCAAGGACUAUUUGGUGUUUGGGAUGGUGAUGUAACAAAUGAUUUCAUGAGAUCUGACGGGUCCAUGCAAUCUCCUACGGGAUCAGAUGGCAACUAUACUGACAGUGAUUUAUUCAGUUUUGGAGAAACUUGGCGCAUCUCGGUCAACGAGUCCCUCUUCAACUACACCCGUGGUGGGCAGAGCUGGGUGACCUUCAAUGACGUGACCUUCACCCCUGUCUUCCUAGAGGACAUGAUAAACGCUACCGAGCUGAGUGACCCGGCAUUCCUUUCCUCGGCUCAGGAUACGUGUGGGAGUAGCAGGGAAUGUUUAUAUGACGCCUUGGCAACCAGGGACAAUGACAUCGGAUUAUCAACUAAACAGACAGAAGAGACAUUCAUUGCCAAUAAUGAUGUACUCUUGAACUUUCCACCAAACAUUACAGGAGUAAUGAAUGACCUUCAGGUGGAGGUCGGGAGUCCUGUCAACUUUACUGUCAUGGCAACAGACCCUGAAGGUAGUGCUGUGACCUUUGACCUCUUGAAUGAAGUACCUGGUGCAGAGAUCAACAGCUCAAGUGGUGUAUUUAUGUGGACACCACAGUCCACCGAACCCGUCAGUCUGGUCAUCCGUGCUUCUGAUGGUCAGAUAUACAGCCCUGUUGAACCAGUGGUCAAGGUUUGUGACUGCCAGAAUAACGGAACCUGUGUGUAUGAUCAGUAUACAGAUGACUCCAAUAUCAUCAAUGAUCGAUUUGCGGUUGUUGUCUGUGAGUGCAGUGCUGGUUGGGCCGGUGAUUUCUGCGAGCUUGACUACGAUGCUUGCAUUGAUAGUCCUUGCUUUCCUGGGGUGACAUGUAUCGAUCGGGUAGCACCUAAUACAGGCAACCUAUGUGGGUCAGGCACAUGCCCCAGUGGGCUAGUAGGGGAUGGAUUCAAAUGUGCAGAUUUUGAUGAAUGUGUGGAGUGGUCUAACAGAUCAGUAUCUGAUGGAGGACCAGCUUGUGAACAGAUCUGUACCAAUGUUCUAGGAUCCUAUUACUGUAGCUGUGAUCCAGGUUAUGAACUACAUCCUGAUCUUACAUCAUGCAUUGAUAUUGAUGAGUGUGAACAGGGAACGGAUGACUGUAGUGUUAAUGCUGUGUGUGCUAAUACAGUAGGAUCGUUCACCUGUUCAUGUAUAGAUGGAUACAGGGGAGAUGGAAUCAGCUGUACAGAUAUUAAUGAAUGUCUAGAGAAUACCCAAAUAUGUGAUCCGAAUGCAGAUUGCACAAACAUUCCUGGCUCCUACGUCUGUGAGUGCGUCCCAGGAUUCGAGGGAAGUGGAAUCUUAUGCUCAGAUAUUGAUGAGUGCAGUCGUAACCUUGACAACUGCAAUGUGAACGCAGUGUGCACCAAUACAGAAGGGUCUUACGGCUGUACGUGUGCUACUGGCUGGGAAGGGGAUGGUAUCUUAUCUUGUACAAACAUCAAUGAGUGUCUUCUGGCUUCCAGGGAAUGCCAUCCCAGAGCCUCGUGUGAAGACACACAGGGUAGCUACAUCUGUACCUGUCCCGCAGGGCUGGUAGGAGAUGGCAUCACUUGUGUUGAUAUUGAUGAGUGUACCACGGGAUUAGAUGAGUGUGCUGAGGGUUCAAGCCUCUGUUUGAACACUCAGGGAUCAUAUGACUGCCGCUGCAACUCGGGUUACCUAGGAAACGGAUUUACAUGCGAGGAUAUUAAUGAAUGCCGAUCAAAUGUCUCUGUGUGUUCAAUUAAUGCUCUAUGUGAUAACACCAUCGGAUCUUUCAGUUGUCAGUGUAAGUCUGGAUUUGCAGGUGACGGCGUAACGUGUGUUGACAUCAAUGAGUGUGCUGUUGGUAGUGAUGACUGUAAUUCAACGUUGGGUAUCUGUACAAACUCUGUGGGUUCCUAUUCAUGCUCCUGUGUGUCAGGAUAUACAGGGGAUGGACGAACUUGCAAUGACAUUGACGAGUGUUUGACCCAGGCUGAUGACUGCGAGCAGGAAUGCAUGAAUACCAUAGGGAGCUUUGAGUGUUCUUGUAUGCCUGGAUACAGAAUUGAUUCUGCUCUACCAAACAUGUGUCUUGAUGAGGACGAGUGUGCUUUGGGCAUCAGCGGAUGUCCUCAGGGAUGUAACAAUACCACCCCUGCUCAGAACCCAAAUGGUUUCAACUGCUACUGCUAUGAAGGUUUCUACUCUGACCCACAAGGCAACUGUCUCCCUGUAACAAAUUGUACAAGUACAGUGUGUAGUAAUGCAGACUGUGUUGUUCUAAACGGCAUGGAGACGUGUAUCUGCUACAAUGGCUACAAAUUCAACGACUCAGACACCACAUCUUGUAUUGAUAUUGAUGAGUGCACUGAAAUAGAGUACAGUAACAUGUGCAAUCAGAACUGCACCAAUACGAUUGGAGGUUACAACUGCUCCUGUUUCGAGGGCUACUCCCUUGAGAGCGAUGGCCGGACUUGUAAUGAUAUUGAUGAAUGCCGAGCUGGAACUCAUACAUGUGAUUUAGUAUCUCAGAUCUGUAUCAAUACGGUGGGAUAUUUCAUGUGUCAAUGCAAAGCUGGAUUCUUCCAAAAUGGUUCAGUUUGUCAAGAUGUCAAUGAAUGUGCUGAUACUAGUAUAUGUGGAACCAAUGCGAUGUGUAUCAAUUCUCUGGGUAGCUAUAUGUGUAGCUGUCUGGAUGGUUAUGAUGGAGAUGGUAUCACCUGUCUUGACAUUAAUGAGUGUUCCAGUGAGAAUGAUUGUCACGAGUUUGCACAGUGUAUCAAUACUGAGGGCUCAUAUAACUGCUCUUGCUUAGCUGGCUAUACAGGAAAUGAAACAUUCUGUGAAAACAUCAAUGAAUGUAUCAAUGAUACCACCUGUAUAUCACCUGCCUAUUGUGUUGACACACCUGGUAGCUUCCUCUGUGAAUGCCCUGCUGGAUAUGAUCCUACUGGAGUUAGCUGCAUCAAUAUUAAUGAGUGUACGGUGUCUGUGAAUGAUACCCGUCGUCAUGAGUGUGAUUCCAAUGCUGCCUGUCUGGAUCUCCCUGGCAGUUAUAACUGUUCAUGUUUAUCUGGUUACCAAGGUAAUGGCUUCCAGUGCACAGACAUCAAUGAGUGUGACACCCAAGAGUCAUGCGUACCCAACUCUCAAUGCACCAACACUGAUGGAUCCUAUCUCUGCACAUGUGAUGCUGGUUACCGUGGCGAUGGUCGUAUUCAGUGUAAUGAUAUCGAUGAGUGUGACGAGAAUCCCACCAUCUGUAAUGAGAAUGCCAGCUGUAACAACACCAUUGGUAGCUAUACCUGCACCUGUAACGAUGGAUUCAGCUCUAAUGGAACUGCGUGUAUAAAUGUUGAUGAGUGUGAUACCCUGAAUGACUGCCAUCCUCUAGCCACCUGUACGGACACUGUUGGUAGUUAUUUCUGUACCUGUCAGUCAGGAUUCAUCUCUCCAGAUGGAGCCAGGGGACGAGCUUGCAAUGAUCUAGACGAGUGUUCACUAAGUAUCAGUUCAUGCGAUUCGUUGACUGAGGAGUGUUUCAACACCUAUGGAGCUUUCACAUGCAGCUGUGCUGACGGCUAUACACUCAUCAAUGGGCAGUGUCAAGACAUUGAUGAGUGCAUUGAUGACCCAUGUGAAAGUCUGAUGAACAGGCGAUGUGAAAACCAACCUGGAUCGUACCAAUGUGUUUGUAGAACAGGAUACUAUGUGGUCAACUCUCAAUGCUUGCCUGCCAUGUCAAUGAUUUUAACUGCAACCUUCACUGAUAUCUCUGGAUUGGAAGUAAUGGGACAAUUAUUCAAUUACGAUGACUUUGCCUCAUAUAUACCUCAGCUUGAAAUAGAUUUGGACAACCUCCUCCAAAGUGCUGGCCUUACCAACUACACAGCUGCCUCCAUCUCUUCUUCUCGUCAACUCGCUUUGGGCGUCGAGGUCCAGUUCACCCUGGACUUUCUGCCGACAUCGACGACCUCCGGAGAUGAGAUCCUAGAAGCUUUCCUAGCAGGUCUGAUCGGGAGGGAUAAUAACAUUAUCCUACCUAGCAACAUCAUCAUCAGGAGUUCAGCUUUUGUUGGAGAGCCAGUGAUCGACCCUUGCGUUGAACAGACAGAUAAUUGUACAUCAAAUUCAGACUGUAUUUUCCUUGGAACAUCAUGGAACUAUACCUGUCAGUGUAAAGAUGGAUUCAUGGGAGAUGGAUUCAUAUCAUGUACAGAUAUCAAUGAAUGUUUGAAUGAUACAUGCACCGGUGAAGGAGAGAGGUGUGUUAACACUGCUGGAAGUUACUCCUGUGACUGCAUGAUUGAUAGAGGUUACAUUGCUAAGGAUGGGACAUGUACCUUAUAUGAAGUUUACCGUGGCCAGCUUACUGUCCUUCUUAUCAACGAUGUGCCUGCUAUUUUCACCUCUGACCUCAUUGACCCCACCAGCCAGGCGUAUACCAGUCUAGCUUUCUUAGUCAGUAAUGCGAUACGAUAUCUCAUACUACUGCAACCAAACCUACAAGGAUUCUUUGAAUCCUGUACUGUAUCUGGAUUCACCAAUGGCAGUGUGGUAGCGACCUACUACGUCUCAUUCAACCAAUCCGUCAAUACUUCAGAAAGCGCCCUCACAGCCCUGAUUGUGAACAGCGUCGAGACCGACGGUAUCCUGACGACGGGCAUAGCCUCCCAAGGCAACAUUACUGUGGAUCCUAAUUCUGUGGAAAUAACCAAAAUAACCCAAGAAUGUUCCACUUCUUACUGUCUGAACGGAGGGAUAUGCUCUUUGCUAAAUGGAUUGAGAGUGUGCCAAUGUCCCAUUGGUUAUCAAGGAGAUACGUGUGAGAUAGCUCCUACCACUCAAGCUCCUCCCACUCUGGAUGAUAGCACCAUGGCAACAGAAAACAUUACUCAGAUGACCAAUGCAACAUCAUCAUCACAGAUACCUGGUCUGUCUGAUGCAGAGAUAAUUGGUAUAGUGUUUGGUGUCCUGGGGGUAAUAGUCAUCAUCUUCAUAUUCAUCGUCUGCUUCUGUGCCCUCGUCAUCCGCUAUCGCCAACGAAACAUGAUGCUCUACUCCAAGCCGAUGCCCUACGACAUCGCCGACGACGACGGCCUGGGGGUCUUGUACAACAUAUCUUACGCUCAACGCGCUGGACGUUCCAACUUGCGUCGGGAUGACGACUCUGACCAGUUCAGAUUGCCCUCGUACCUGUUUGACACGGAGACUGACUUCAGUGAGAGAACGAGUGAUCUAUUCCGAAGCACCGAUAGCUACAGCGACGAGAGUUAUUCUGUGACUAAUCCAAGUUUUAACAUGGAAGAGGAUCGUCGUAUGCAGCAGCUAGCAGAAGUCAUCACACAAUCACCAUACCUUAAUGAGAGGAUGCGGUCUCAGAUUGCUGAUGUCACUAGCCCAUCUCGCAUGAGGGCUGCUCCAAGAUCAGAGUUUGUACGUCCCUACCUCGCUACUGGGCAAGAGGCAGAGUUUAUAUCACUGAGCAAUGAAUCAGAGGAUUCUAUUCGACCAGCAAGAAGAUUCCAAAUACCAAGAGCUCAUAUACCCUGGGGUCUUCAGGAAAGUCAUACAUAAAACAAACCACAUACUCAAUUACGGCUGAACUUCAUAAGGAGGUCUGUCAUCAUAAGGAAGCAUCUCUUGAUUUUUUUUUCUAAAUUGAUUUUUAUCUUGAGUUGGGAUACAGGUAUUUUUUGUAUAAUCUACAUGAUGCUUAAAGGUCUGGGAGUCACAUAGCCCCUAAUUUUAGAAACACUGACGUUUUUAAAGCAAGUAACUAGAUAUAUGUCCACAUGAAAUAAGGACACUUUUUCCUCACUUACUAAAAAAAAAAAAGAGUUGCUCCCUUUUGUCAUUGGAUGGCAGAAAUGGCUUGUAGCUUGUAAACAAUAUGAAUGUAAUUUGUGAUGUACACAAACUACACGGCCACUGGAUUGUUUAGAGGUGAUUACUAUUAAAGGCUUGAAUGAAGUUGAAGAUAUCAAACCAACUUUCUAUAAUUCAAAUAAUCACCUAGUUGAGACCAGACAUGCAAGACAUGUGUUGCAUGUAUUUACCUUUUGUAUGCCAAAUUUCACCUAAGUAGAACAGAUUUGUGUGUUCCAAAGAGAUGGAAAAGUUUCCAGUAUCUCUACAUGUAUAUUUUUUUUCAAUUAAGAAGCUGUUUCAUGUACAUGUAUCUGUUGUUCUAUAUUGCAAAUGCAGACAUAAUUGUAUGAUUGUACAGUUCUUGAAAAAUCAAAUGAAUUUAAAAUAUGCAAGGCAGUAAUGUGAACUCUUUGGAGACUGGCUAAUACUGCUAUAACAUAAAUUUCCCUAUAGGCCGACUAUCCACUUUGUUAACGCACACUUCACAAGGCAACAUUUAAUCCUUGCCACAGUUAAAAGUUCGAUAUUAGCUAAUUUUUCACAGAUUUUUCAAAGGUUUGCUGCACAUUGUACAUAACAUGCAUCAACUAACGGAUCGAAGUUAUGACAAUAUUUUUUGGAUAUAUAUGGGACUGUAGUCUUGAACAGCAACUUAAUUACCCAUUAAACCAUACCCCCGUAUACAUGUAUGUAGGCUUUAAUCUAUGAGAAAUGCAGGAACCAUCUCCACUAAUAUAAACCAAUGGUAUUUAUUGCCUAUGUAUACAUGUCAAAUAUACAGAAUACAUGUAUAUUUUGUUUGCCACAAUUGUCUCCUGUACAAUACUUAGCCUACAAUUCACAUCUUAACACAGGUUUUUGUUGUUGAUAUUGUUGUUAAUUGCUUGUGCCUGGUAUUAUAUUCUUAGGAACAAUCAAGAUGUGUUCAUUUAUGUUUAGUUUGUUUGCUUAAAAAAAUGCAAAUAUACACAGAUAUCCAAUAAGAUAAACAUGUAGAUAAUGUAUAUUUUAUACUAAAAUUAUUAAUGAUAUAAGAGUAUCAAAAUGUAACGAGACAACAGAUAUUGCUCAUGGAAACCGUGAAUACAGGAAACCAUAGUAGUUAUAACAGUCCCUGGCUUCUACACACUGAUUUAUGACUGCAGCUGCAAGGAUUUCUUACUUAAAACCAUGAAAAAUGUAGUGAUUUUACUAUAUAAAGAUGAUUUUUAUUAAUGAUUUAUUUAUGUUUUGCUCUGUAUACAUAAGUGUACAUGAAUUAAAAAGUAUUAAAAUGUGUUUAAAAUGUGUUUAAAAUGUGUUAAAAAUGUGUUCAAAUUUGUUUGAAAUAAUAUUCAAAAUCCAGUAGAUAUAUUUAAUCAUUAUUUAUAUAUAUAUUUCAGUAUUAAUCACAUGCACCUUACCUUUCAUAUAGAUUCUUAAUCAAAACUCAUAAAAACUACUGCACUUCUAUAUUGUUUUAUUAUGUAUUUCACUUUUGAUAUAUUCCAUGUAAAUUUAUGUAUAAUGUAUAAUUUUAUUGCUUUAUUAUUAUUUUUUAAGGAUUGUGAACUACAGUACAAAACAAGCCACUCUAAACUUUGAUAGUUUAUUGUAAAGACAAUCAAAUAAACAUAUAAUUAGAUUAGCUUUAUUUAUUUUAAUAGGGAGUCUUAUUACAUAAUUUGCUUGUAUGAAUUUCUUUCAAAAUUCAAUUUAAUCUCAUAGUAUCCUAAAAUGUCUGGAAUCGUGUAAUUUCAAUUUCUCCUCUGUUUAUUGUACCUGAAAUUAAGAAUAGAUCAAAGAUAUUUUAUUGUAAAUGUUCAUUGUGUAUUUUUUUUCUAAAUGAUAUAAAUAUUUUCUAAACAUUUUCAAAGAAUUAAAUUCUAUUUUUAUAAUUAUUUCACUGUCAUGGUUAUUAAUCUUAAAUAAAGUUUGAUAUGAAAACAAUACUUACAAUUGUUGGUAAUCUGUUGUUGAUGUCAAAUUUAGACAUUGAUACUGUACAUGUACGUUACUCUAGGGGUAAUUAUAUCAAGUUAUUAGAAAAUUAAGAGAUGGAACGCAAAAUAUGUAUAUUCUAGAUUUCACCUUUUUUGCUUAAAGACCCAAGUCCACCCAAACAUCAGGGGUCCAUUUCAUAAAACUUGAAAUCCUUUAAAGGAGAAUGAAACCUUU